AUGCUUCUGGUUAAGUCAACACCAUACCGGUAUUGACAAAAGAGUUUGAAGUUUUAUUAUGAAUAUACAGUAUGCUAUUCGCUAUAUUAGCGUUCUCACAAAUUCAUUUUUUCCAAAGGUUUGGUAAUGAUCUCUUGCUAUGGGAACCAUCACUUGGACCAGAUGCAAAGAAACCAGACUAUAAUGCAGUACUUGCAAGCAACUGGAUUGAUGUGGAUAUUGCAGCUAGAUUAAAAAAUGGAAAAAAUGUUCAAAAUAAUUUUCAAAUGUGUCGCUCAGCAAUAAAUCAAGGUAAAGAGAUACGAUAUUGAAGUACUAUCUAAGUUUAAAGUAUGAACGGUCGGCAUGUACAUCGAUUUCUGUUGGAUUUUCUUCAUGAAUUGUGAACAAGGUUUACGUGAAUAAGUUUCAUAUCCGACUAUAAGGACUGCACUAGAUUUCAAGAUCGCGCAAUUUGAUCACUACUUAAUUAAGUUUGAUCCAGUCCUAGGACAGGAUCAAUAUACUUCAUCAGGUAUCCAGUAUUAUCAUAAAGCAAUAUGGUUGGCUAAUUUACUCAUUUGAGAUAAAACAUGGAAGUAUAAUUUAUUUGAUACUUCCAUGUUCUCAUCUCAAACUCAUUAUGAGGAGAUUUUUUUGUAUAUUACGUAGCACGCGCUCAAAACUAAUGCGUAUAAUAUACCACUUGAGGUUAUGACUAAAUUCAAAAUUUUUAUUUUUCGAUACGUUUCUCAAUCGGCAAACAAACUUAAAAAGUAUGUUUAGUGCUUUAUCUGUAAAAUAAUGCUAAAAUGAAGAGAUUUUAGAUGAUACGCCAAAGAGAAAAUGAUGUCUGAAGUUCAGUAAGUUUUGCUUAUAUGGCUAUAAAUAUGGCGUCAAUUUUAAGCAUCAUUGAUAACUGUAUUUUAAUUGACAAUUUUUAACUAUUAUUUUAUGUUUCUCGACCGGCAGAUGCAUUUAAAAAGGAUGCUAACUCUAUGAAUUAAAGAAUAAAGCUAAAACAAAGUAAUUUUGAGAGGAACGCCAAAAAGAUUUUAGGUUUUGAACACUUUUCAUCGCAAAUACGUGACAUUGAAAAAAAUUGCCUCUUAAUGUUUUAUCUCAAACUCAAUAACAAUAAUUUAUUUGAAUGAUGUUGUUUUUGUUGUUGUCGCACUGCCAUCUUCCACACAUCGUAAGAUCUCUGUUGUAUACGAAACAACUUCUUACCAUUGGUUAACUAAUAUUAAUCUCUAUGCAUUUGUUCCUAGAUUCCUACUCAUCAGACGAGGAUGAUAGCGACGUUUCUGAUCAACAAAAGAUCUUACACACGACUGAGAAGAAGCCAACCAAUACCUUAGCUCUAACGUUGAACUCUUCAAAAUUGAGAAUUGCAAUGUUUUCAAGGACUAAGGUAGGAUAUAAUAAAGCAAUUCAACUUUUUUCUUCUGAUUUAGUCUUCUGUACAUUGGAACAGUAGUAACUAUAGGCAUUUUUAGCCCUUUCAAGUUACGUUACAACACAUAAUUUUGACUUCCGCCAUUUUGGGAUCUAAAUAAAAACAAACAGGAUGUCAAAUUGGAAACAUCGAGACAAAACAAACUAUUUUACGAGGGAUCAGACCAGGGGUGGAAAAAAGUAUCGGACCAGGAUCAUUGAUCCCAAAAAAUAUUUGAGUUCUCAGAAAAUAUUUCCCCAAGAAAGAAACAAAAGAUGAUUGUAAUAAUUUAGAUAAAAGGAGAGAUUCAGAGGGAAAAUUCUAACCAAUAGAACGAAUGUUACCUGUACAGUAUGUAUGACUUAAGAAAUGCAGUUACUGUAUAACUAUAUACAGUAAAUGUAUAAAUAUGUAACUACAUAAAUAUAUAACUACAUAAAUAUGUAACUGUGUAAAUGCACAGACUGUAGAGUGAUGUAGUAAACACCUGAUUUUCAAACUUUUCUGGGAGAGCUAUAUAACAACAACAUUUAAUUCUGAAAUCUGCUGUGUUGGUGUAAUGUACUCAGGUGAAUAACAUCUUAUUCACCUGAGUACAUUACACCAACACAGCAGAUUUCAUGAUUAUUAGAUUACAGUGAUAUCGAACGAACUAGACUCAGUUCCGAAAUAUCGCAUACUCGAACCGUCCUGACCGCGUAGCUCAGUUGGAAGAGCAUUGGGCUAGUAUUCCAAAGGUCGUAGGUUCGAAUCCCGCCGUGGCCAGGCAUAUUUUUCAAGCCUGCCCGGUGUGGAUAUACACUCAGAGUAACAUCACACAAACAUUUAAUUCCUUUCAGAUUGAAAAUAAUGAGGAUGGAUUUGGUAAACUACUAUUACAUUUCGACAAUGCUCAAUUGUUUUACGUACUGGACUACAAAGGACAGCCUAACUUAUGCUACAUUAAUGCCCAGGCCCAAGCCUGUUCACUGCACCACGCUAUACAUGUCGAUGAGGUUGAAAGAGAUAUGGAUAAUACGAUAUUCGUACCCGGAGAUUUGUACCGAACUUUAUACGAGUCGGAUUCCGGAGUCAAAGUGACGGGAUCUAAAACGAACAUGGAUAACACUCGAGCUAUGUUAUCGCUGGCCGUUAAAAGUUACUGGGACGUGGAUAGAAAUUCGAAGGUAAGGAAAUAAUUUAUUUAAACUUUUCGAAAUCAACAAAGAGCAAAACGAUUCGCCGCUACUCCACAAUGCUAUUUGCCAUAUCCUUUGUCAAAACUCAAUUUGGAUGCUUUCUGCGUUGUUGGAAAUUUUGAUUGAAAAAUAAUAUGUAUAUUUUAACGCCCUGGGGCCGGUUGUUCAAAGUUGGAUUUGCGCUAACCUUGGGUUAAAAUUUAAGCUGCUGUUAUUUCCACUGUUGCGGUUUUCGUACGCACGUACACGCAGUGCGUAGCCAGCCCGACGAUUUAGUCCCGCUAUGCAAAUAUUUUCGUGUUCAUUGACUGUGAAAACAAUCAAUUUCUAAAGAAAUGAAUAAUGAUAAUAAUUCUGAAUUUGCAUAGCGGGACUAAAUUGUCGGGCUGGCUACGCCACUGCGUACACGCACGUAAAACUUUGAAUCCUUCUAUUUUUUAAGUAUUUUACAAAUAAGUUAACAAAUGCAGGCCUUAAAAUAUCUUUUUCAAGGCCAUCUGACAAAAUAUCCGGUGACGUUGAGUUUGGGUCGGACAUAUGUCUGAUGACUUUCAGUUCAGUUUUGACUCGGAAAUAAGUCUGAAUGACACAAAUGAAUAAACGGUAAAUAUUGUAAAGAUAUUAAAUAAUUUCUUUCAUACUUAUUUCCAAGCCAAAAUUAACUCACUUGCCAGAACAGCAGUAUUAAAAAAGACUUCGACAACUUAAGCCCGUUUUCCACUUCACCAUUUCGCUCGCCGCCCCGCGCUCGACUAUGUUAAAACAACAUUUCCAGUACACCUUUUAUACAAUAGUACGUCGGACGAAGCUACAGUUCGGUCGGACACCAAUUCACUUGGGUCGGACAAACAAUAAACCUCAGUUUCACUUAGGUCGGACAGAAUGUCCGGUGGUUUCCUCUCUAUGUGGGACAAUUUCACGAAUGGGUCGGACAAUGUCCGUGACCGACCGAUAUUUUAAGGCCUGCAAAUGUAUACUACAACUUGCGGAACACUAAAUUCUGUUGCUUUAUUUAUUUGGUUAUUUCAUAAGUAACAUUUAAACGGAUUUAAAGUUUUACGUGGGUAUACGUACGUAUGAAAAACGCAACAGUGGAAAUCAGCCUUUGGUUUGUUUUAGUACGUAUUUCUGCACAUCUGUUUGUUUCAAAACUUCAGAGGAGAAAACUCACGUUCAUCCAGACAAGAUUUCCGAGAAGAAGUAUUGAAUCCUAUGACAAAAUAUUUCUAAUAAAAUAUUACUGUUGGGAAGUUUGCUUUGAAUUUUAGGUUAACCUAGGGUUAAGCUACAGUACCUGGCGAACAUCCCCCCCCCCGACCGUUAACAGCUGCGAAUUGACCAUGCGAUUCCGAUACAGAUUACUGGCUGCUGUGCUAGAAAGUCCAGGUGCCAAGAGCUAUCACAGCCUUGGUGUUAAUAAUUUGCUAUGUCACGAGGAGAGGUGGAUGUACUGGGGAUAUAGGGGGUUUGGCAUCUCUCCUAAUUUUGGCAAAGGAGGGUGCAAGAAGGGUGAUUGAUGCCAAUUUCCUUAUCAAAUCUAUUUUUUAUGUCGAAUGGCAAUUACAAAAACAAAGACAAAAUAGAGAUAAAGCGAGAUAGUAGAUACUGUAGUAACACGAUUGUGAAAUUAUCAAGAAAGACUACAAUCUGGUGCCUUAGUCUGUUGACUAAGCUCCCUCUGACCCACACGUGGUCUACCGUCGCUGCCUGAACCCAUGACUAAAGCCUGGUUCAUGCACACUAGCAAUUUUCCCGGAGAUUUUGCGUUUCUCACGGAUGAAAAUGAGUGAACUCGGACACCAAAAUGUCAUUCAAGGGCUUUAAGCUCAAUCAGCACCCCAAUCACCGCCACCAGAUCUGCCUCCUGGAGUGCUUACACUACUUAUAAACUUUCGUAACUACUCAUGGUUAGGUGUGGAAUAUACGUAUAUUUCUAUCCACAAAAGCCUCUAACAUUAUUUUUAUCGAACUGCCCAUUUUUAGGACAUUGUUGUGGCAUUGUCGUUGUCAGGUGGCACGUUACGUCAUCGUAUGGUCAAUGAAGGACAGAUGUGGAUACUUCAGGUAACAAAUGGGUAUUAUCAGCUAGCAUUCUAUCCUACGAGGUUAUUUGCAACGCAUAUAAAUAAUGAAUUUAAAAUGGAUUCUUAUUUUGUGACACACUGUAGUUCGGUUCCGUAAAUUCUUUUAAAAAUUCUUAGUGUUUGUGUAUCAUGAUUUUGUCCAUUAUAGAUGAUUGAUUACUUCGGUGUGACAGACGAAGAAGUUCUUGGUUUCAUUCCUCCUGUGGUUGUCACAAUGUUACAUGUUCAUUUCUGGGAUUGUGCUUUGUAUUAUAGGUAAGAAAGAUGGGCAGAUUUACUGGGGGGAGUUAGGGGUGGUUACCCCCCUAGAAUCUCUUUAACCCUAUUAAAGUGUUAUCCCCACCAAAAUGUUUUUGUGAAAGCCUUUAACCCUAACGCCUAACCCCUGCCGAAGCUCGCUCAGUGGUGCCGCUUGCAUCCCACUAGAAAUUUUUCCAACCUCCUUUAAAAAAAAAAUGGAAAUCCACCCUUGAGUAAGAAAUAUGUUAGGCUGUGUUGAGUAUAUUGCGUUGCAUUGUUUUUCUUUGUUACUCUAUUCUAUUGUAAUCUGUUGUAUUCUAUUGUGUUCUGUUUUAUUUUAUAAUUCUAUUAUAUUCUAUUGUUACUAUAUUGUUACUCUAUUGUAUUAUAUUGUGUUGUGUUCCCUUCUAUUGUAUUGUAUAAUUUGUAUUACAUAACAUUACACGUUGCAUUCGAUUAUAUUCUGUACUGUUCUAUAUAUCCUAUUCUAUUCUAAUCCAAAUUUCUCAAUUCCUAUUUAGACCACUGCAUAUUCCAUAUCAAGUGUUGAUCACAAUCGAAGGCUUUAGUAUUUCCAGUAAUAUUACACUUGAUUCCAAGACUUCUAUUUUGAGGUAUGAUGUCGUAAACAGAAGUCACACAAUCAUAAUUCAUACAGGAUGUUCAUUCAUGUUGUAGUAUUUCACUAUUUUGCAUUUUUUUAUUACUUAGAUUUAUAAUCGAUAACGCGGUCCUUCUUAUUUCAAACAACAAAGAUGAAACAAUGAACGUUGUCAAAGGUAGGCGAAUGACGGCUAUAUGUUAGCGAAAAUGGUAAUGAAAGAUUUAUCUCAUUCGUAACACGUGACUUUAAUUAAAAUAAACACCGCACAAAAAGAAAGUUCUCCCUAAGUAUAUCAUCAUAAGUUCUAAAUAAAUGAUUACCUGAUAAUCAAACCUUACCUCUAAUUACACCUAUGGUAGUUUGCUUAAUGCUGUUUGAAGAAUGGGGUCAUUCAUGCUUUAAAGAAUGACUUAGCCUCCAUUGAAUACAAAAUUGCCCAAUUUCAAAAUUAACAAGUCAGAAUGACUUUAUUUAAAUUUCAACGUACUGUGCAACAGUAAAUUGUUUCAUUAAUGAUUUAAUAAUGGGGGUAUAUAUGUCUUGAGGUGAUCCAGAACCGUGGUGAUUACACUCAUUAUUAAAUCAUUGAUGAAACAUUAUUGUUGUUGUGAAAUUUAAAUAAGGUCGUUCUUGUUAAUUCUGAAAUUGGGUAUUUUUGUAUUCAAUGGAGGCUAAGUCAUUCUUUAAAGCAUGAAUAACCCCAUUCUUCACACAGCAUUAAGCAAACUACAAAAGGUCUAAUUAGUGCUAGGUUUGAUUAUCAGGUAAUCAUUUAUAUUUAGGGGGCAACUUUCUUUUUGCGCGGUGUUUACAUUAUGUGAUUGGUAUUUUACUCCUAUAAAUAACCCUAAAUUUAGGGCCAUUUUAACAAGCGAAAAUAAGCCACGGCUUAAAUAAGUCGCGAACGACUCGUAUAAACAGUCAAGUUGCGGCCUAGCUCUAGCUAUUUAAGCCUAGCUUUCAACCCUGGGCUUAUUUUAGCUGCGGCUUGCGAACAAAUUGAGCUACACUUUAGCAGUGUACCAAAUCAUGUUGGAAAUUUUCUCUUCAUUUUCCUUUGACUAUAGUUCUUCGUGGGAUAGACUGUAAGUCAUCUAUUGACUGCAAAGUAUAUGCAAAUAUAUGACUUUAUAUCCCAAGUUCGAGGUUUAUAACCGACUUAUUUACUAGUUGAGGAGGUUUUCGAACAAGGUUUCAUCAAUUUACAUCCCGCGGUACAUCAAAGAAACCCAACUCAACUAGUAAAUAAAAAUAUAUAAAACCCACCCGCAAUCCCUGUUGGCUCAAUAGGUAGAGUGGCGGAUUGGAAUCCCGAAGGUGCGAGUUCAAAUCCCGCUCGAUUCAACUUUUACAGUAAAUUUCUGCAGACUGGGUGUAAAACUCGUGUUCCAAAUAACCUAACUUUAAGUUACAAUGAUAUAUUUCUACUUUGCUGUCUAGACUAUAUAUCGGUAGCAGAUGUGGAUUUAUUUGAGCUUUCAUUAAACACUGUAAAUGAUGACGAAAAGGUAAAUUGGUUAUGUUUAUAUUGAGGUUAUCUCAUGUCGGUUUAUGAUUUUCCGCAAUAGGCAAUAGGGAUGCAUAGAUAAUGACCUUCUGUGCACCGAAUUUUCCUUUUCUUUAGAACUCUCCAAGGCGUACCCUGACUUUAUCUAACAACAUCGUUCACGUCCGAACCUGUUCCGACUCGCUGUCGGCAGUUCUCGACAUCGUCCGUUACAUUGUGAGUGAUGGUGAUUUUCCGCAGGACAGCACCGUUCGAAUUCAAUCUAAUGAUGUUCUGAAUGGUGACGUAAGUGUUUGUUUCCCAGAUCAUUUUGAUGUAAAGGCGAAAUUAUUGACGUCAUUAAUUACAUAGCAUAAUAUCGAACGGUCUGUGCCAGUGUAGGUAGCGACGAUAACAAGACAGUAGCCAUUCAUUCUCGUCCCCAGAGCCAUUUUCACUCGGUCACUCGUUGAAAAUUAGGCUCUGGGAUGGACGACUAAAGGAAGAGAUCUGAUUGGCUUCUCAGAGAACUGCUAUUUCGCAGAAGUUGAGCAGUUUUCGCUGGGGAAAAUUAUUCUAUCAACAUAUGCCAACACAAAUACUUCGUUUCUUCUUAAUACUUCACUGUGAAAGUUCUUACGGGUGCCAAAAUGUCCCAAUUGAAGAGCAUGCGCUUUAGAAACUACUGCAAGUUUUCUUGCACUUCCGGUUCCGUGUGUCCCAGGGCCUAGGGAGGACGCACGCGGCCGAGAGGCCUUGGGGACGAGGAUGGUAGCCAUUCCGAAGUUGAUGAGUGGAUUGGGGACGAGUGUUAAAAAGUGCCCAAAUUACGAAAUGAACCAAAUCACUAGAAAGACCACGUCAAAAUUAGGGUUAUCGUUCCAUGUUUCGCGCACCAAUAUAGGAUAGGGUUAGGUAUUAGGGUUAGGGAUUAGGUUAGGGUUAGAGGUUGGGGUUAGGUUUAAGGUUAGGGUUAGGGUGUGUAUAUGUGUAUGGAGGUAUCCAGGUAACUUUUCAGUACACUAUUUAGUAAGUAUGAAGACGUUUACAUGAAUACCUUUCGAGCAAUAAGCUUUCGAAAAUUGUGAAAUUACUGAUGCCAAAUGGUUGUGCAUAAACAAUAUCAUGUUACUGUACAGGGUGUCCCAAAAAACCAAACUAUUGAAAUAACGUAUGUUAGAAUAUGAAUGCCCUAGCACUAAGCUGAACUGUAAAAUAUUGACAGGGUGCAUAUACAGUAUAAGGAUAAAAACAACGCUCUAUUUGUAUAAUACGAAUCCUGUUCAUUCCAAGGAGUUAAUUUAACUCCCAGUAGAGUUAUUGUGAACCAAAUUUAACUGCAAAUGUGGAGUAAAAUUAGGUUCAAAAUAACUCCAGGAUACAUCUAAUAAAUGUAUAAAAAUUGCGCUCGAAAUUUCCAUGCAAUGGCAUCACCUAGUUGUAUUUUUCGCAACUGCUCCUGUUUAGGUUUAAUAAAUGUACAAAAGUUUCACUUGAAAUUUCCAUGUACAAGUCCCUGCAAGAUAGAUUAACUCCCCUACAGUAAAUAGACCUUUCCCCUUAUAACUAAAAUUUCGAUCUAGACAAAAAUUUUAUCACAGCUUUGAAAGAGCAUCACAAAAUUAGUAAUAUUCCAAAGUUUUGUUGCAAAAUCUUGCAAAAUGCGGAUAAUAUAGCCUUGCGAAGUUUGCCGUUUUUCAGUCAUUUUGUAUUACAAACGGGAAAUUGACAUCCGAUUCGGGUGUCGGGGCUGCAAUUUCCCGUUUGUAAUGCAAAGUGACUGAAAAUUGCAUUUGCAAGGCUCUAUUUUCCUCAUUUUACAACAUUUCGCAACGAAACUUUGGAAUAUUACAAAUUUUGUGAUGCUCUUUCAAGCUGUGAUGAAAUAUUUGUCUAAACUUGCCUAGAUCAAAAUUUUGGUUAUAAGGGGAAAGGUCUAUUAACAGGCCCUUUACGUUUUCUACGACCAUGAGUAGACUGAGAUAUAUCCAUGAACACGUUGUGUAAAGAGUAAAACAGUUAUGCUAAAAAUAAUAUUUUUGCUUGUGAUGUUACUCUGAGUGUAUAUCCACACCGGGCAGGCUUGGAAAAUAUGCCUGGCCACGGUGGGAAUCGAACCUACGACGUUUGGAAUACUUGCCCAAUGCUCUGCCAACUGAGCUACGUGGUAUUCCAAAGGUCGUAGGUUCGAUUGAUCGAUUCCCACCGUGGCCAGGCAUAUUUUCCAAGCCUGCCCGGUGUGGAUAUACACUCAGAGUAACAUCACAAGCAUCUUAUUCACCUGAGUACACUACACCAACACAACAAGUAUAAUAAUAUUUUUAUUUUACAUAAACCUCUUGAAGCUUUGAUCUCCUACAACUACCCACUUGGCCUCGUCAUGUUACUGCAAUGAAUAGAUACUGUACAGGAUUUUUUUCUUCAGGAUUUUCUCUUGGGUCCGUUUUUGCAGAGAAGAUUGAGUUUAGCUGAACAGCUGGGAUGCCCCCCCCCCCCCUACCGGAUGGCUGACACUUGUACUCAAUAAAUGUAGUUGAGACGGAAUGUGUUAAAGCAUGCAGGGGCACUGUGGGACACUAUAAACUGGUUAAGGAUGGCGAAUGCAUAGUUUUUCUUGUGUUGUGAGAUGAAUUCCAGCCAUUUUUUCUUUAAUUGUCGGGUUUCCAACUGAAAACUAAUUUCCACACGUCACAAAUUUAACUCAAACAACUUCAUUUUUACUGCACUGAAACUUUGGUGAGAAGAUUGAGUUCCAAAACUCAAUUCAAGAUUGAGUUUUUGGGGCCGUUUAACGGCUCUAAAAAAUCCCUGAAAAAACCCUUGCUGUAGCCUAAACACGGGACUCAUUUGCCGCCUUACAUGUACAUGUUUUUGGAUGCGAUAGCUUAAGGUCUCUCAUAUCGUUUUCGUCUCAGGAACAGACAGAAAUGUUCGACGACUCGCCUGUGGAGCAACGCAUUUCAGAAGAUGGAUGUCUUCAUGAUUUGAUGUCAGACGCCAUGGAUGAAAGUUCUCAUGAUAUGCACGACUUUGUUGAUGGUGGGAAUGAGGUAUUAUACAUCAACAAUGUGAGAAGUAGUCGCCAGGGUUCCCAGUACAGAAACCGGCACCCGGCGAUAGCGUAGACAAUUCUCAAAAUUAUCACUCAGAAUAUUUCCUACUUGCCACAGAAACGUCAGGGGAAAGGUCAAUAAUUCAUGCUUUUAUAACCUAACGAUAGUUUUCGUUAACUAUUUGGGUAAUAUGACGAAAUCUCCUGAAGAGCAUUCCAACAUUGCUGGAGAUCCAUUGCAGAGCAUUGAAGAGUAUCUACUGCAGAGCAUCCAUUACAGAGCAUUUAUGAGUAUCACAAUUUUCACGGGUAACGCCCUCGGACCCGCUCCACCAAAAGCCGCCUUCCUCUUUCAGAAAGCCUCUUAUUCCAACUCUAGUGAGAACCAUGGUAGUCGUGGUCAACACCACAAUAGGCAGAUUGUCUGGUACGGUUGGGCUAGAACAGAGCACACAGAAAUCUGUUAUGGCCAUACGCAAACCGUUCUCCGUUGCCUUAUGACGCCACAGUUUUCGAACAACAAACAGUGUUAUACUGUACCUGCAUGUGCAUUUUACACGAGGUAAUUUUUGCUGCAGUUUGCCGUACAAUUUCUGAUAUAGAGCGAUGUUAUGUGUAGUUACUGGGAAAUUGUGAGCAUGGUCUACGGUUUAUUCUGCCGACAUUUUUCAUUCCAAUUUCUUUUAUUUUUCAUAUCCCAAGAGUAUGUUAUGUAAUUAAAGAAAACGUCGACAGAAUAGAAUGCGGGCCAUGCUCACAUUUCUCUGUGACUACUUUUUAAAUAUCAUUGCUCUGUGUCCAAAAUUGUGUUGCAAGUUGCAGAAAAAAUCCUCAUGUGGCAUGGCAUGGCCUUAUUGAAAAGGGUCCUCAGUUAUUUUCUUAACAUCCCACAAACUUGUUUUCCUUAUCAUGUUGCGGGUCCGGAGAAAAUAAACCUUUCUUCUAAAAGUACUAAAUAAUUUUGACUUAGGCGAGAGAUCGACUAUUCAGAUCAGUUAAAACCGUGUACAGACGGGCUAUUUUUCCUUGACAAGUUUUUUCGCUCGUGUGUAUGGCGAAAUGUUGACAAUUUUUCCUUACCGAGGAGCCCUGUUCCAAACCUUGUCAUGCCAGCUUUUGGACAAAAAACGUUGUUCGUGUUUGCGGCCGCCAAGGAAAACUUGACAAGUGCACAAGAAAUACUUGUUAUGGUUUUGGCAAACAAAAACAGACCUACUGUAGUGGUGGAUCCUGGGAACAACGUUCCUAGAAAAUUUUUUGUUUGCUAGAAAGGAUUUUCAAUUUUCUUUGGCAGAAAAUUUUGAAAUUUCUUUAAAAAAAAUUAUGCAUAUAAAUCAACAAAAAGGUUAAAAAUUUCCCAAAUUUUCUUAGAACUGAAAAUGCUGAUAUAUUAAGUGAUAUCACCUGGGGCCGGUUGUAUAAAAACGUAGUUAGCGCUAACUGCAGUUAAAAAGUAGUUAAAAAGCCUUAAAAAGUAGUUAACUUUAAUCACGUAGUUAAGCCGGUUGUAUAAAAGUGUAGUUAGCCUCAACUGCAGUUAAAAAGUAGUUAAAGUUAACUAUGCUCUAGGGUAUAGUUAACUGUCCAAAACGUAGUUAAAAAUGGCGUUUGUAUAGGAGUGAACAACAUUUUUCAGUAAAACAAUAAUGAAAAGCAACGCUUACCUGAGAUUUUCAAUCGCUAUCUUCCCUGUGAAUGUUUCCUGACAAUAUAAACUCUUCAAACGCUAUCGCUUUGGUGUUUUUACGAAAACAGAACAUAUUUUUGCACAGGACGAUUUCUCGAAGACGAAGUAUGGUCCAUUACACCAAGAAACACUGAUAAAUUAUUGCCAAACAGCUAUACCUUGGUUUACCGUAGACAUCUCAAGGAAAAACUGCUUUCUUUUAUGAUUUUUGAGGCGGUUUUCCCCUGUUUUCUUGUUUAUUUUUCACUGUUUUGAAUAAAAUUCCCGCCUAUUUGCAAAAUACGUGUCCACAAUCAUGUUGAAAAUGUGUGUCAGCGGUCGUUACUCGCUGCUUACUUUAUGUAAUUUUGUGUUUAAACACCCCACGCAAGCCCCACGCACAGUUAACUACGUGAUUAGUUAACUAUCCGACUAACUACGUUUUGUGCAACGCAGUUAAGUCAUGUAGUUAACUAAUUACAGUUAAGGAUUUAACUACAGUGAUUAUCGCUAACUACAGUUAGCGCUAACUACGUUUUUAUACAACCGGCCCCUGAUGCACAAAUUGGUCAAAAAAAAUUUCUUUAUCACACAACUUGAAAAUGUCAAAUUAGGUAGUAAUAAACUCUUAUAAGUUAUAACUAUACAACUGUAAUAAACUAUAUUACACCAUAUAAGCAUUUAUUAUACAAUUUAAUUUGAUAUGCUAAGAACUAAGUUUCUAACAUUAGUAACAUAGAAUUAAUUAAUAUUAUUUUGAUAAUAGUGUUUUCAAAAAAAAUAUUUCCUCCCUGGCCUAGGAUCCAAGAAAGGCUAGAAUUAUUUCCAGGUCUGAACAAAAGGAGGCCUUGACGUGAGAUAAUGGUUUUAACAACAUUCCGCUAGCAACAAAACUUGCCACGGGAAAUCUGUGAAGGAAAACUUCUUGACCCCACACACGAGAAAGUAAACUUGUCAAGGAAACAUUUCAAGGAAAAUUUGCUCGUGGGCUUAAAUCUCACAGCAUCAAGAUACUAUGAUAGUUGGUAACUUACUUUACCUUACGUUUCUCUAUAGGAAUUCAAAGCUCGUAGUCAGUCGAAGACAGACGUCUUUCAUUUUCCCGACGAAUCUCAAAUUACAUCAUCUCACGAAAAAGGCAGUCACACCCCGAGCAACGAAAUCUUUGAUGACGAGUGGCCUGAUGACGAUUUUGAGAUUUUAGAUCACCCCGAGAAAGAACAAGAGGUACAUGACCUCCAUCUAGCCUUUGCAGAACCUGCUGUACCAUUUGCUUAAAUCAAGGACAUGAUUUUUGUUUAAGUCAUGCAGGGACAUGUUUCAUUCCAUUCCAUUCCCUUUGUUUCAACAGUAGACGGGAAAUUAUAUUACGCGGUGUUUUAAAUCGCAAAAUCUGGAAAUAAAGGAAAUCGUUUGCCACUUGUGCACAUCGCUAGUUGCAGAACAAAGUCUGUCAAAGUAUUUAGGUAACACUGGUCUAGUUUAGUUACUGCCCAUCUUGCAUUUUCGAUAUUUUUACAGAGGUUAGUUUUUACUGUAUUGCGAAGUUUGGAAUCGUUUUUUACUCGCUGCGUGAGUUUGUCAGUCUGUUAGUUUUCUCGGAAUCAUAUUAAAAAAUGUUUUUCUUCGCACUUGUGAUGCACCUGUUUUACGCCUGUUCCAGGUCACCGCACUGUAGUACUGUCUGGUUUGUCUGUUUGACUCUCUUUUUAAAUACCAUAUUAGGAAUGAACUGAAAUGCAUGAUGGGCAGUAACUUAAUUAAACCAUGUCAAUAUUACACUUGGAGGUGAUGCUGGUGAUUUCUAGCCGUGAUGCACAAACGCAUGAAAGUUGAAAUUAAAAUUUUGUUAUUUCAGGUUGUCUGUAAUGGACCGGAAGUGACUUCAUUUUGUGAUGAAAUCAAAAUAAUUCCUGAUCAUUUCACUGUGCCUGUAAGUUUUUCGAUUGAAUCCAUUCUUUGGGAAAACCUUCACGUAUCGCUUAUACUGCCUAUUGCUAGUUAAUUCAUACCAUAGAUAUCUUAAUUAUAUACACUAGAUCGAGCGCAUCUAAUUAUUCUGCAAUUCAAAAAUUGAAGCCGUGAUUGCAGACUCCAAUUCAAAAAUUGUUUGUUUUAUAUUAUUCUGACACUUUGCAUCUUCGGGUUUCUAGACAGUCGCUCCAACCAUUGAGCAUAUUAAGUUAAAUAUUGAAAUAGAAUUGAGAAAAAUUUCAAAUAGAAUUGAAACACUGCGUGUUCUCCAAGCUCUAGAAAACACGAAGAUGCGAGUACGAUUCCCGCAUUGGACAACGAAGUCUUCGUUCUACUCUGCCGUAUGAAACUAGCUUUCGAAUCUCUGAGGAUGGUUUCGAAAUGUUAUUGCUAGAGAACCAGUGUAAAGAACAUUCGAUUAUUAGUCCGAGUGUUACUGCCAGGAGAUUCUGGUGUACGCUUUAUAUAAUGAUUCCCCAUUGCAUGUGGAAUUCUUUCUUCCUUUUGGAUUUGGAAACGUGCAAUACUUUUGUGGACGCAACACUCCUCUCCUGUGGAUUCUAAUAUUAUCUUUUUUCACAAGGUCGGUGGCGUAGACCAGUUGAAGCCCCCCAGUAAUUACCCCACUCCACUGUUGGUCUACACAGUGAAAGAAAUGUCUAUUCUUUGGCUAAUUUAUGGAGGAAGUGAUUUUCAAACGAACAAACACAACAGGAGGAGUGAAAGGUUAGUACUCCAUGCAACUCUCAAAAUUAUAUAAAACUCGACCAGAGGUGUAGACACAUUUCCCAGCCCCUGUUUACAUUAAUAUGUUUCCCCCACUUCAAAAACCUAAGCAUAUUACGUAUAAUUAGGUAAAUUUUUAUUGUUGCUGUAGGAAUCCCACAGCUUGUCAACAAGAUGUGUUCGCAUUGCUUGUUCUCAUUUUUUGACAAUUCUGGAACAAGUUGCUAUCAUGUUGUAGCAAGCCUGUUACCGUCAUCAACCUUGUAACAAGGUGAUAACAACGUGUUCCACCUCUGUGUUGACGAUAGUUUGGAUCUUUUGUUUUUGAACACUUGCAGGAAAUUUUGGGCAGAAAAUGGUCGAACGUUUCAUGAAGAUGAUGACGUAGACGAUGAUCCUGUCGUGAUCGGUAACCAUGGUAACAAGAAGAGAAGUUCCAGUACUAAAGUGAAUUGGAAAACGAAUGGAGGAGAGUCACGUGACAUUAAUACUUUAGUCGAAGUCCAGUUGAAUAAGGUAAGUAAUCUUUCGACAUUUUUUACUACAAUCAAUCUCCCCAGCUUAAUAUGCAGUUUACAGGUACGUUUGCGUUCAUACGUCAAACGACAAACGCCAUGGAAAAAGAAAUACUGUACAUUAAAUACUGUAAAUAAACUGUUAUUUAAAAACUGUAAUGUAUAAUGAUUCUUUUGAAAUAAACAAAAGAUGAAGCGAAGAUAUAGCCUAGACCCAUCACUUUUGCUCUGCUGGCUUUAGCAGGUUUGGUCAAUUUUGGGCGAGCAUUCGGCAAGCAUGACGUCACAUCCAAAAAGUGACCAAACCUUGACAAAGCCAAAUUUUUUGUUUGUGGAAAUACCACGUGUAUUAGAGAGGUUCAGAUUUGACUUCCACUAUUGCUCGUUUGCAAUCGACGCCAUAUUGGUUGCUUUUCAAAACACACGUGGCAACUAUAAGAUUCAUAUUCUUCCUUCUUUGUCGUUUUGAGCCAAAGACCGUAAACUAUCCAUAAUACAGCAACAUGUUUUCAAAACAAACCAGAAAAAUGUUAAAUUAACUCAACUACUUCGCUGUAAACGGCUUAACGAAAGUUUAAAGUCAACUAAGAUGGCGCUUAAUGAAUCGUAGUGACGUCAUGCGCAAGCAAAGAAUACCACUGCCACUACCUCUCGCUGACUUAGUACGCAUCUGAUUGGCUAAUCGGAUAUAUCCAACACAUCUGAUUGGUUAAUGGUCCCUUAAUGGUAGCGGUAGUGGUAGUCAAAUCGAAACCUCUAGAUGUAUUUUUGCAAAGCUUUCGAUGCGUGGUGUUUCCCACUGACCAAAACGUACAUCAUACUAUCACCAUGUACAAGUAUACAAAAUAGCUUAUGAAGUGAAGAUGACAAACGAAAAUUCUGCCAAGAAAAUUUGACUCUGCCGUUUGCGGUUGCCCUCAAACGGGAAGCUUAAAUUCUCCAGCAUACAUUGUUGCCAGUAAUGAGCGACUUCAAUAACGUUGAUAAAUGCCGAAUCCUGUGCUCAAAUGUUUUACCAUCUCGCUUCUUUCCCGAAGAUCCGACGAUUAUAUUCCAUCUCUCGUACCGCAACGUCUUAUAAUCUCCAAUACGAUCAUUAUAUCCCUUGCAUUCCAUUUCCCUAUUGAGGAUUCUCUUGAUUUUGUUGUGUUUCCACAAUCCAGGUGCGUUUUCAAUACGAAGAAUAUCCAGCAGAAACAAAGCAAGCUUGGAGACAAGUGUUGCUUAUUCAAGAUGUUGAAAUACGUGAUCGAUUGUCAUCAUCACAAAUCAAUAAAUUGUUGUAUCAAUAUUCCACCGAGGCAAGACCAAAACAGACACACUCGAAUAUGGUAUGUCACUGCUUUAUGUAGAAUAUUUAUUGCUGUAAAUAGUUGUUUGACUACUAUUAAAUAAUACACUCUAAAAGCAAAAACAAAAACUUAAAGUUUCCUAUUUUUGUGUUUUUCUGUUUUCCCUAGAUUUCCAUGAAAAUGCUUGGUCUUCGACCCGAUGACGGUCUCAGUUCACAAGAAGGUUGUUUAAGAGUGUCUUUAAAACCUUUACGACUCAACAUUGACCAGGUGAAUUAAUUAAAAAAGAUCUAUCAGCCCACUCAAAUGUGUUUAGUGAUCCGGGGGCGGGGUCAUUUUAUCCUACACCACAGGGCUAUUGUUGAAACAGUGGCUUAACGCAUGUGCUGUUCGACUUUUGCAUUAAGCAGUUUUAUGAUAAACACUGUGGGCUUUUUCAAUAUGGAAAAUUUACAUAUAACUUCACAUGUGAAAUCUGAUGAUGAUGAAAUCAGGGAUGUGUGGGUUUAAGUGGAGCCCUGAAAUGGAACAUUUCACAUGUGAAAAUGCUCAUUUCGUUUGUGAAAUUUAGAAUUUUCACAUAUAAAAUUUCAUUUCCGUAUAUUCAUUCACAUGUAUGGAUCGUAAAUGAAAAUUAAUUUCACAUAUGAAAUUAUUAUCUUAUAUGUGGAUUUGGAACACUUCACAUGAAAAAAGGCAUCUUCACAUGUGAUAUCUUAUGUGGAGUUUUUGUAAGGGUUCCCAGGAUAUUUAUCACUUAUUUACUGAGACCGAGGGAAACAGUGUGUUUUGUGGACCCGAGACCGUCGAUGUUUCCCGAGGCGAAGCCGAGGGAAACAUCGACGGUCGAGGGUCCACAAAACACACUGCUUUCCCGAGGUUUCAGUAAAUAAGUGUUUUAUUAUAUAUCAAUAGUCAAAGAAACAACAAAUUAAAGAACAAAUGAACGUAAAUACAUGAAAUAUUUUAUUGUUAAAACGUUAUAUUAAACACUGGCUACACUGCAGUUACUUGAAGCGAAAGUUUUAAUUACGUGUAGGCAUGUCCAAAGGUCGCAUCUUCACGUGAUGGCGCACGUGAUUUUUUUUGUUGUUUGCCGGUCGAUAACGUAUUAUCUCCCUCUCGCGCUGUUGCGAGGGAGACAGCCUAAUUUCGUCACACUCGCGUGAUAUGCUCUCAACCAAUAAAACACUAGAAAAAUGCGACUUUGACUAUUGAUAUAUAGUAAUCCAAUUUCCGUCUGUAGAAAUACUGAGCUCUUACUAGACCUUGCUGUUUUAGUUUUGGGCUUUGACUAAGACUGGAACUGACUCCUCGACAGCAGAAGAGUUCAUGAAGCUUAUUUUACGACUGUAUUUGUAUAUCAUUUUUAGGAUACCCUUCAGUUUAUCAUCAAUUUUUGUAAAGAUCUUUCAAGUGCUGAAGAUACAAGUAAGUUUUCAGUUAUUUUGCAUUCAAUAAUGCCUCCUUUCCUUAAUUAAAGUAGGGUGAACGUGAUUUGUAUGUGACAGUGGCCUAGAUGCAUUUGUAGCUAGAGUACAGUACAAUAUUGAAUAGAGAUCAGGGGAUAUAUUUUAAGCAGCCAUUUCCUGAUUGUUUGGAUUAUCCAUGGAAAUGAACUACACAGAUAGUUCUAUAUCCGUAUCGUGCGCAAACAAAUUGUCGUACGAACAAUCUAUUAUUUGCCCAACGUCAUCCAGAUCCGUGGAUCAUUCCUUUCCAGUAUAAAUACCGUCAAUCUUAUAUCAUCUUUCACCCCUGAUCGUGUGUUCGAUUCUAGCUGCGGCGAACUCACGACACUCACAUGGAAAGUGUCAGUCAACGCUCUACCGAAAGUCGUGGGUUUUCGCCGGGGACCCCGGUAUCCCCUUACAGGGAAUGUUGGCAGGGUGGGUUGGGAUUAGCCCCUAGCUGAUCCUUCCACCCAAGCUGUGCACCGUGAUUAGACAUGAGUCAUGAGGUGGCUAAGGGAAUCGAUCAGGUUGAACUCUCAGCUUCAAGUAAUGAUGAUUAGCACACAUGAUCAGACACUAAUUAGUUAUAAAACUCAAGAUAGCCCUGGAAAAAAAAAUUGAAAAUCCAUUGAAGGUCAUAGAAUGGAAAUUGGAUGGACCUUUAUUGGAAAUAGAAUGGAUUUUGAUGAUCCAUAAUAAUUGUAUAUUUCGAUACCAUGGAUAUGGUAUCGAAAUAGUAUGGAUAUACUGUUGAUUUAGUAGUGCAAUUGCAAAUUUCAUAGUAUGGAUUUCACAUUUUUCCCCAGUGUUACCUACUUACUUACUUUCUUAUUUAUUUGUUUACUUAAAAAAUGUGUAGACCCGCAAGAAGCCGAGCCUCAACUUGCUAUUGCGCCUUCUUCACAAGAUAUUGCUGUUGAAAAAGACUUGGACGAACCACCGUUAUCGUCAACACCCCCGUCUUCGUCAUCAAGCCAAGACACGCCUAUAUUCUUCAGACUGGUGGAGUUCUCUCCUGAUGUCCCCAUCAGACUUGAUUAUCAUGGAAAACACGGCAUGGAUAUGGGACAGGUUCGUUCAUCGUUCUUCAUUGUUUCAGACUUUAAUCACGGAUGCAUUUACUAGGAAAGUGGCACCCCUCUUAGUGUUGACAGGGAGUUCCCAAUUUCCUUAUCAAAUCCUUUUUUGUGUGGAAGGCAAUUGCAAAACAAAAAUAAAAUGGAGACAAAAUGAGAUGGUAACAUGAUUGUGAAAUUGUCAAGCAUGACUCGAAACUAGUGCCGUAAUCAUUCGAGGGAGCUAUGGUCGCACCCUAGAACCAUGACCAGCUUGAUGAGCACCCAUUCCCUGCCAGACCUGGUCGCACCCUGAACCACGACCAGCUUGAUGAGCACCCAUUCCCUGCCAGACCUGGUCGCACCCUGAACCAUGACCUGCUCGAUGAGCAAAGGUACAGAAUUGAAUAUAGGUCAAGAAGUACAGAAAACGACGUGUACCGAGAAAAACUGUAUGUCAUCAAGAUUGAUGUUUUUAGCCAAUCCUCUGCUAGACGCUUGUGUUUUCCUAUUGAGUGCAAAGUGAACUUUCACUUUCAAACUAUAAAAAUCCACAAGUUUCAUAAGAACUCUUUCAAGCUUGUAACACGAGAGCCAUUACCUUCAAUUGUUUCCAAAGCUGCUCCACUGAAAAUAAUACUUUCAGACAUAGGCCGACGUUUGAAACAGCACUUUCCAAAAAUGUAAAUAAUUGCUGCUUGGCCAAGUGUCUUUGCAGUCCUUUUAUUUAGACUUUCGCAAAGUUCUUUUCCAAGACGUCAUUUCUUCAAAAACGUCAUUAAUAAUUUCACCUUUACUCGCCCAAUAAAGCUAGAGAAAAAAUCUGAGGCAAACUUGCGACAAGUAUAUCUUUCAGUGUGCUUCAAUAAGUGUGCUAUGCUAAUGUUUUGUAUUUCGUUAUUCUUUCAGAGAAGUCUGGCUGGAGUGUUGUUUGCAUUCGCGCAGUUGAACUGUUCUGAAAUAACUUUAAGACGGUUAUGUCAUAGAAGUGGUCUGAUGGGGUUUGAUCGAGUUCUUAGUUACGCUCUCAACGAGUGGGCGAAUGAUAUCAAGAAAAGACAAAUUCCUGGUAAAUACAAAUACCUGUAGUACGUAGCCUCCAAUUUGGGAAAAGUGAUGGUGCAGUAUUUCGAAAAGCAAAAUCCGUGCCAUUUUCAAAGAUUUUUCCAGUGCCGGGCCCUUGAAUUUACUGAAAAAAGUCCUGGAAAAGUGCUUGCAUUUUAUCUUUACUAAAGGAUGGAAACACUGCCAACCCAAGUUCUCUGCAUCACUAAACUACUAAGAAAUGUCAUAUCUAUAUCACUGAGAAAUUUUAUAUGUACACUAAACACGAGAUGUCUAAUCCACAUAUAUACAACAAGCGUAGGGCAAUGAUUGUCGGUGAAUGCAAAAGGCAGAAUGGCAUGAGCAAAUUUUGAGACUUUUUUUAACCAUAACCCAUCCCGCGCAUGCCAUUCCGCACAUGCCAUUCCGCACAUGCCAUUCCACCUUUUACAUUCACGUCAUGAUUGUGCGAUGUAGCGUGUGCCCGUCUUGAAACAGUAUUGCUUGCUUCCCUCAACAGUGUAGGAAUAAUACCUGCGCUUGUGAUUGCCCCCAAAUGAAGCUGAAUAAUUUGCUAACUUACUAUUUUUAAUGCCCCAAUCUAUUACUAUUUCCUAAUGAACCCAAUAUACAGUAUAAUUUUUUACUGUAUUGGUAAUGCUCAUAAUCAUAUUUUGAAUAUCUUAGGAAUUCUUGGAGGAGUUGGUCCGACAUAUUCAUUCGUCCAGCUGGUUCAAGGAGUGAAAGACUUGUUUUGGUUACCUGUGGAACAGUAUCGUCGUGAUGGUCGAAUCAUGCGAGGAUUGCAACGUGGUGCGAGUUCAUUUACCACCUCGUCAGCGAUGGCAUUUAUUGAACUUACCAAUAAACUUGUGCAAGUCGUUCAUGUAAGUUUUAAUGAACACACGACCAUAGAGAUUAUAGAAGAAUAGAGCGGGGAAAAUCAAGGGACAAAUUGAAGCUUCCUUAUGGGGGCAAAUAACUCUCUCUGAUUGACUAAGCCGCGAUGUUAAUAUAGGAGGAGCGGGAAUUUGCGAAAAUAAUACAACUGCGAAAAUGAAACAAUUUUUCAGUUUUAGCACCGUUGAAGCAAGUGGUAAAAGCUAAAAAUCAACAAAAAUACUUGGACUUUAAAAUGGCAGGACUUAAUUUGGGACUUUAUUAGUCCUGUUGUCUGUGCCUUCAAUUUCUUAUUGUAAAACUAAUAAAAAAAAUAAAUUAAAAAAAAAAAAAAUAAAAAAAAAAAUAAAUAAAUGUAAAACAAGUUUUGGAACGGUAGAAAUGUUUUAAAGUGUUUUUUUCUCGAUGUUGAAGAGCGGUGUUCUCUUCAUGACUUCGGCACACCCACAUCCAUCGGUUUUACAUCCGGAUAUAACUCAAAUUUGCUCCCAUUAGCAAACUUCAAUUUGUCCCUUUCGUUUGCCUGAACUUUUCCUGCAAUGCCCACUCUAUUCUUAAAUAAUCUCUUUCCACACGAUGUCAACCAAUUUAAAAAUUACCUAUUCCCCAUAAAAAUUACGCUUGAAAGAUGGCUCUUAUUUUUGACUGAUGGACUCACUCGUAGUUAUUAGGCACUGUAGCGUCUUUUAGCCUUCUUUGCGCGUGAAAUUUCAUAUAUACGUGUUGAUUGUGAAAGUUUAACUUCACUACAGUAACAUUGACCAGGCUUACGUUUGUGUUAAGAGAGACCGUUACUCGUAUCAUCGGAUCGAUACAUUAAUUUAAUUAAUAAUAACCCCCAGAGGUUGAAAUGAGCAAGCGCCAGGUCGCCAACUCGGCAACCUAACUUGGUAUUCGAAUUGCCAUUAUUUUUUUAAAUUUUACUCCCCCGUUGUACUCCCCUUUUGCUUCAGUCCUUAUUUAUUUCCUCCUACUUUUCUACAGGGAGCUGCCGAGGUGGCAUAUGACAUAGUCAGCCCUACGGAAAAUAUUCCCCCCGGCUCACAUGGUAAAAUUGUCAAGCGUCGUCUUAAUUCUGAGCCAGCGGAUCUAAGACAAGGAAUUGCAAAUGCAUACAAUGUUGUCACGGAGGUGAGUCCUAUUUCUUCUUCACACAUUUUGAAACAGAUCUUUUGUUCUCAUAAAUGUUGGCACAGAUGCGCAAAAAUGGAUAACUGACUUCCUCCCCAAAUCAUACAAUGUUGAGUCCAAAUGACAUGCUAUAUAUUUUGAAACAACAACCUCCAUUAAGGAAUGGGCCAGUGGCCAGAGAGGAGGGACGGGGUGGGCUGGGGGCAGGGAGGUAUAGCGAAUGAUGUACAAAAUGAUCAAUGCGAAAAAACUAAGGCUGCAAUAUCCGUAGGUGUUUUAACUACUUUUGAAAGUGAUGACAGAAAUAACUUGUUCUUCGACGGUUUCCGUCCCUCUUAGAAACUGUCACCAAAACCACGGACCUUCCUUUCGCUCAAAAAGACAUUCGGGAAUACGACUACGUUCCUAACGUGAAAUCGACAUUUAGAGUGGCGAUAUUUGAUUUGUCUGCGGGAAAUUUUGCUGAAAUAGGGGAAAUUUUUCGGGCGAGAGGAAGCUUUCGCGCUUUUCGCAAUAACCUUUAAUCCUUGAAAUUGAUAUUACUCUAUUAUGACUGUUCUACGUUGUGCCCAACUUGUUGAAGAAAAAAAACAAAGAAAGAAUCUCGAUUCAAAAAUGUGAUCUGGUAUUAUUGAGAGAAAUGACGGAGGAAUAUCUCUUGCAGGGUUUUGGUAAGACGGCGUCAAACAUCGUCCAAGUAGCGAAAGAAGAACAUGAAAAUAAAGGUAUGACAGGCGCUGUGGGGGGCGUAUUACGUCAUAUUCCUUCAGCUGUUGUUCAACCGAUCAUAUUAGCGACUGAGGCGACGUCGAAUGUACUGGGUGGAGUACGAAAUCAGAUCCUGCCUGAUGCGAGGCGUGAAGCCGCUGAAAAAUGGCGUGUGGAUGAAUAAUAGUAGCCUACUGAAUACUCUGUUUAAAACUCAACCGUCAUGCACCUAUAAUCAACAAGUCUUCAUUUGUUGCUUUUAAAACUCUCGACAGCAACAGCAAUGUUUUCUGUUCGCUGUUUGCAGUUCGUAUUUGAACGGCUAUAUAUAGAGGCUGUCAAACGUGAACCCGGCAAACGUUGAACAUCCAAAACUGACCCGAGUUUUCCCAAAUUUCAGGCGAAAAUGUUAGGCUGAACAUAUAUAUCACUUCAUGACCUAUAUCUAGUAAUUGGACAUUUAUGUACAAGUUUAUUUAAUACACGCUUCCGGAAAGUAAGUUAUCUUGGCCAGAAAGCUGGAGUAAUACGCGCAACAAAAUUGCUGCAACUUGCAACAAAAUCUUUUUUCAACGCAUGUUAACUAGAAAUGUUGACACAUGUUGCCUCGUGAUUUAUAAUGUAUGUGUAAACAUUUUCAAUUAACAUGCGUAGAAAUCAGAUUUUGUUGCAAGUUGCAGCAAUUUUGUUGCUCCUAUUACUCCACCUUAAGGCCUUGUUUUCGUGAUUGAUUCGUGAUGCUUUAACUGAUGUUGCGCAUAUGAAAACGAGGAUUUAUAUUAAGUGACGCACUUUCCGGAAGUGUGUAUAUUGCAUUUUCGACGAGUACAGUGUUGCAAACAUAAAACUAUGGUUAUCGCGGUUUGUUGUCGUAGACGUCAAAUGUUAAGAUCUCUAAUUACUGUGCACCGCGAUAGUCCGCCGUAUAGUAUAGUAACCGCAGUAGAAAACGCCGACCGAUGCAUUUCGCCUGCCUGGCUGACUGAAUUGUGACUAUCUGGGAGACAUGUUCAAAUGCCGAUUAUCGUUGCGGCCAAGACGCUGUUAGCAUGCGACCAACCUCCAGUCUCCGCGGCUUUCCGUUGGCAUGCGUUGCAUGGCAACGACGACGCGGCUUGCUCGACGACACCAUGACUACGACAUCAAUGCAAAUCAAACCACGGGAAUUGAAUUACUGCAAUUGAUGCAUGUCUGAAGUUUGUUUUAGUAACAUUACAAACGCUUGGCCGAAACGAUGUGGUAUAUUUUUCUUACGGUUACAACGUUGAAGAAUACAUAGAUUGGAAAAUGCCUCAGAUUGGAAAAUGCCUCAUUAGGGAUGGAAAACUUUUGGGGAAACCCCUGGGUUCAGAAAUCAUUCAUUCUCUUUGUAUUGCAUCAUGAAUUUCUUUGUUCUAAAGUCCGUUGCAGACGAGCUAGUUUUCUGUAACAAGUUUCAUAUGGCAUAUAUUAUUUGCUAACUGCGCCGUGUGCUACAACAAAUUUUAUAUGGACAAGUUUUUGAUUUUUUGGCUUUUCAGGCAACAAUAGAUCGCUGACCAAUAGCAUGCAAGUGCUCACAUUACUUUGUCAAAGUUUGUAUUUUGUACGAGCAAAAUUUGUACUUUGCCAAUUUUUCAGUCCAUGGCAAGUGCACGUUUUCAAUGGCUGGCAUGCAUGCGAGGUUUUGAAUAAGUAUAUUAUUUGUCAUAAAAAACUUGGCAUAAUUGCUUAUACAGAUGACUAUGCAAUUGAAAUUGAACUUGCCAUAUAAAAACUUGUCACAGAAAACGUAUUCGUCUAUAAAUAGCGUAAAACGCGUCACUAAGCUGUUUCAAAAUCCUAAACGAGGCUAUAUGGCGCCUAGUGGUCUCGAUCUAGUCUCCAAGGACAAUAUAUUGUCUUGACUGUGAACGUUUUCAAAACGAAUCAAUGACAACGUUUUUAAGACGCUGUUAUAUAUAAUAACAUGAAGAGAAUAUAAACGAGGACAAAUCAAUGUAUAGUUAUAAAUUGUGAAUAUAUAAAUAUUGCUUUGACUGGGCUACAUAUACGGACGACCAAUAAUGUAUGCGCGUCAUGUAAAUUAAUAUUUUUGUACGUUUUGUAAAAAUUGUUGUGCACAAAAAUAUAUAAUUAGACUUUAGUUAAUAGAAUAAAUUUAUCAUUUAAUUAUAAUGGAGCGAAAUCAAUGCUGCUUGGGCCCUGUGGCUGUGCUUGUCACGAUGACGAUUUUCAAAAUGAUUACGCAACUGCAUUGUAAUCUUCAAUGUUUUUCAUAAAUUAUUUUGUUUUCUGACCGCAAACCUGUCGAGUCUUUUGCUUCGUCACGCGAAAUUUUGUACGUUUUGGACGAUCGCAAAAAGCAAAGACAUCACGAUCAGACACUAAUUAUAUAGUUAAAAAAAAAAAAAAAUAGAAAACUUGUUAAUCAGUUUAUCGUCCUUUGAUCAUUUCACUUGUAUAUGAAAUUUCGAAC